CGCGACUUUGAGCCUUAACGUUUUUUGCACGAGUUUUUUUCUUACGUAUUUAUUCAUUGACAAAAACUCAAGCUGCGCUCUAUAUGUGUGUGGGGCGCUUUUUGCUGCUUAGAACUUGUGGAGGAGCUUAAAAAAACCGUUGCCCCAAAAACAAAAUGGCCACGACUGCGGCUGCCGUGGCAGCGACCAGUGUUGUUGUAUUGGAUCGUGGCAAUAAUACGACAUGCACAAUCAACUUGCAUGGUGCCACAGUUGUGUCCUGGCGUGUAAAUAAUCAGGAGCAGUUGUUCGUGAGCAAGCUGGCCUCCUUUGAUGGCAAGAAGGCGAUACGUGGUGGCAUACCCUUUGUCUUUCCUCAAUUUGGACCGUGGUCCUUUGGUCCACAGCAUGGUUUUGCGCGUAUAACACGCUGGCAUCUGGAUCGGGCACCGGAGCGGCUGCACAAUGGCGAUGUGGAGGCCAUAUUCUCGCUAAUGGACAACGAGUUCACGCGCUCCAUAUGGAACUAUCAAUUUCGCAUCACCUAUCGGCUGAUAUUGCGUGAGAAGGAAUUGCACUUUCACAUUGGCGUCUAUAAUCCCAGCAAGGAUCUGAGCUUCACAUUCAACAUGUUGCUCCACACGUAUCUCAAGGUGCCAGAUGUGCGACGAUGCCAGAUAACUGGCCUGCAGGGCUGUCAUUUUAUAGACAAGACACGCGAAGGCGCUUUGUACCAGGAGGGACGCGAGGUGGUCACUGUGAAUGAGUGGACCGAUCGAAUCUAUCAGCAUACGCCGCAGGAGCAUGUUAUUACCAAUGUGGUUUCCGGCCGCAAGAUGAGGCUGCACAAAUACAAUUUUCCAGAUACGGUAAUUUGGAAUCCGUGGAUUGAUCGAUCGCGCGAGAUGAGUGACUUUGGUGACGACGAAUUCCCCAACAUGUUGUGCGUGGAGGCGGGCAAUGUCAGCGCACCAGUCAUCCUGCUGCCUGGCACCUGUUUCGAGGCCAGUCAGAUUCUACAGCAAUUCAAGUGUCCCUAUAAUUUCGCUUAUGCACCAACGAAAAUUGUUCAAGAAAAGCCUCCGGCAUAUAUCAUCAUUGAAGGCAAUGUGAGUCGCAAGACCAAACGAAAUCGCUAGCGUUUAAGGAAUCGGAACCCGCUGAGGUAAACCGAUUCGAAAACAUUAAACUGAGAUCCUGGAUGGUUUUGAGGGAAGCCGCAUCCAGUUGCAAGACGUUUGGAUUUAGCAAUUAGUGUAAAUUUUAAGUAACUUUCAACUAGUAAUAUUGAGCCCAAAAGUUGUAACGGUUUGUAAACCUAGUGCUACAUGCUGAUCUACAUAUAUAUAUGUUAAAAUUAAUCGCUCACAUGGAAUGGGUUCGUGUCGUGUUCAUGCCAAUUAAAUGAUAAAACAAAACAAAACAAAAAAAACACCUAAAAUACAUAUUAAAUGUGCAUUAACUAAACUAAAUGAGCGCUAGGCUCGAAUAGGUAGUAUUUUUAGGCUGCAGGUAAUAUGGCAAUGUGUAUACGAUUCGAUUUAAAGAUAUUUUACAACUUAGUUUAAAACAUCUCUCUGUGUACAAUACUAAAUACAACAAAAUCAAAAUAAAUUAAUUAACAAUUA